AGCUGCCAGGGCUGCAGAGCCCGCCCUCUUUCCACCACCCCACCAAGCUACCUCCUUUCGCCUACAAAACGUACGUGGGGACCACUGGUGUUGGAUUUACUGUCCACUUCGGGUUUCAGAACCUCUCACUGUGGACAUUGAGAACCAUCCUGAGAAGGAACAAUGCUGUCCCGAUGGGAACUGUCUCUUUACCUGCUGGCUUCACUAGGCUUCCACUUCUAUUCUUUCUAUGAAGUUUACAAAGUCUCCAGAGAGCAUGAAGAGGAACUGGACCAGGAAUUUGAGUUGGAGGCUGAUGCUUUCUUUGGAGGACUAAAGAAGGUACAAAGUGGACCAAUGGACCCAACCGACUUUGAGUGGAGCUUCUGGAUGGAAUGGGGGAAGCAGAGACUGGUGUGGCUCUUCCUUGGCCAUAUGGUAGUGUCUCAAAUGGCCACACUGCUUGUAAGGAAGCACAGACCCUGGAUUCUCAUGGUCUAUGGGAUGUGGGCCUGCUGGAGUGUGCUGGGGGUCCCUGGUGUGGCCAUGGUGUUUCUGCACACCGUCAUCGCCUUCUGUGUGGCCCAGUUCCGGUCGCUGCUCCUGUCAUGGCUCUGUUCUCUCCUGCUACUCUCCACACUGAGGCUGCAAAGUGUAGAGGAAGUUAAGAGAAGGUGGUACAAGACAGAUAAUGAGUACGACUUGCUGCACUUCACACUGACGGUUCGCUGCCUGUGCUACACCAGCUUCAGCCUCGAGUUCUGCUGGCAGCAGCUGCCUGCAGCCCGGGCCUCCUACUCCUUCCCCUGGGUGCUGGCCUAUGUCUUUUACUAUCCGGUCUUCCACAACGGGCCCAUCCUCACCUUCCCGGACUUCGUCAAACAGAUGCAGCAGCAAGAACUCUGCUCCCUGAGGGACAGCCUCUGCGUCCUUGCCCGGGGCCUGGGCCGCCUUCUCUGCUGGUGGGGGCUGGCUGAGCUGAUGGCUCGCCUCAUGUACAUGCAUGCCAUCUACAGCAGCAUCCCCCUUCUGGAGACCGUCUCUUCCUGGACCUUAGGAGGACUGGCGUUGGCCCAAGUGCUCUUCUUCUAUGUGAAGUACUUGGUGCUGUUUGGUGUCCCAGCUCUGCUCAUGCGCCUGGAUGGACUCAACCCACCGCCCCUCCCCCGCUGCGUGAGCACCAUGUUCAGCUUCACCGGGAUGUGGAGGCAUUUUGAUGUUGGACUACAUAAUUUCUUAAUCAGGUACGUUUACAUUCCACUGGGUGGGUCCCAGCAUGGCCUGUUGUGGAUGCUCUUUUCCACUGCAAUCACGUUUGCAUUUGUGAGCUUCUGGCAUGGUGGUUAUGACUACCUCUGGUGCUGGGCAGCACUCAACUGGCUGGGAAUCACUGUGGAGAAUGGAGUCCGGAGGCUGGUGGAGAAGCCCUGCAUUCGGGACAGUUUGGCUCGACACCUCUCCCCACAAGCUCGCCGACGACUGCAUGCUGCCUUUGCGUCUUGUGCCACCUCAAUGCUGAUCCUGUUCAACCUGGUGUUUCUUGGGGGCAAUCAAGUUGGUAAAACCUACUGGGAUAGGAUCUUCAUACAAGGCUGGCCGUGGGUGACCCUCUCUGUCCUGGGAUUCCUGUAUUGCUAUUCCCAUGUGGGCAUUGCCUGGGAACAGACAUAUACCAUGGACUAGUGCCACCAGGCCCAGGCCAAUAUCCAAAGCAAAUGGUACUUCACCAUGACCUCCUACUCCAAGAUAAUCUCCAAGGGAUUAUCUCCUGCUCAUCUUCUGUUGAAGAUACCUCACUUCAAGACUGGCAGCUUAAGCUCUCAUAGAAAUUUUACAACCAGACUAUCUUCUGACUUCUGGGUUUAAGAGAUUUUCUACCCAAACACUGUCAGUUUCCUGUUGGGUAAGCUGAAGUGCAGGGCAGCAGAUCAUCUUGCCUAGCUAUACAGGGCAACCCAGCCCCAUUUCUCCUUUACCAAGAAUUACCUGGAAUGGAUAUUUCUUGAUGGAGCACAGAAAUCCUGGUUAGUGAUAGGCUUUUCCUCCACUGCGUAGUAUUUCUGAAACAUUUUACCACCAUUUUGGUGACUUCUUUCCCAUGAUCUACAUUGUUGGCUCUAGAAACAGAAGUAGAGUUGGACUUCCACACAUCAGCUCCUCAGCAAGGAGGUGACAAAGACACAGCUGGUUCUGAUGACCAAUGUAAAGAUGAAGGCAGUCCUGUGGCAUUCUAAGGAGUCUAUACCCAAGGAGCCCCAUGACUUGAAUUUCAUUAGGGUAAUCUACCUUUGAGGUUUGCAGGGAUAUAUAAACAUGGUAAUUCCUCUGACGUUUUCCAAUAAAGAAACAGAAAUAUGAAAACCAGGGAAUCAGUGUGUCCACAGCCGGGUGACACUGGGCAAGUCACAAAAGGUGAGGAUGGCGUCCCAUGAUCUCCAUCUCCACUUAGGUCCCCAGUCACUAUCCUACUCAGUAGUUCAUGUUCACUGGUGUAUGUUGCCUCAUUUUGAUUCAAAUAAAAUGGAGUCUUUGUGUUACAGAGAAAAUUCAGAUUUUUCUAGAAUUAGAGUAUUUUUAAGGAAAACGUUUAAAAUCUUAGCAGUUACAUAACUCCAGAAAAAAUGCUGGACAGGCUACCAAUAUCCAAGUGGUAGAUAGCUUAGAAAAUUUGUUUGAUUUUUGGAUUUAUUUGUGGAACAGACAUUGAAGGUUUACAAUUUGAAUCCAUGGUGUAUCUAAUUUUGGGAGAAUUAGUAACAUCCCAAGUACACGAAUUGUCAUUGAGUGACAGGUGAAGGUUCACUUGAACCUAGCUACUGUCUCUCAUUUGUUGUAUGGUAUUGCCUUGGGUCUUGGCUGUGGUUAUCAACUUGAUGACACUUAAACUCCUAGGUGCAGGACCAGUCAUCUUGUUGACUCCCUUUCUUCCUAGCUGCUCUGAUUGGAAGAGAGAUGGGAGGGAACCAGACAUUGAUGAACUGGCGUGGGCACAAUGUAUUACUUGAAACAGGACAGAACAGAGCAGCUGGCAGACCUGGCAGCAGUAGACUCCACAGCUGGCUGGGUAAAGGAGAAGACACAUGGCAGGAGAUUCCUGGGUGCUGAGAAGUUUUAAUUGAGGGAAUGAGCCUGAGGGAAUGCAGUAGAACUUGGAGGAACACUGAGUCAGGAUUUGUGGUUCACCUGGAAGGAGUGUGGCUGAAGUUUACUUGGAAGGAAAGGGCUUGCUAAGAAAAAGUACAAAAAUGAUUGUUGGGAAGUGUCUAAUAUAUGUAGGUAUGUAAAACAAAAGAUUUGAGGUCUUCCAAAAAAGACCAUUUAUAUAAAAACACAUUUAGUCAAUCACUAAACUGUCCUGGACAAGGCAGUAGAUGUGUUUGAAAGUAAUAAUCCUGAAUUACUUUUAUGCUGUGAUUCAGAAUGGUUCUUGGUAUUUAGUAAGCUUAUUGUGUUUAACUCUAUUUGAAGCCUGGUUAACCAAUGUAUGUGUUAUGUAGUACUACUGUUUUCUUUAACCUUUUCCUGAUCCCCAACUGUAAUUCGGAAAUGACAAUACUUCUUUUUUAUGGAUAUGAAUUAAAAUCCUGGAGUUGCUUUAAACAAAA